AAAAAAAAAAAAAAUGAGAAACAUCACAUUCUGUCUCUAUACAAUUACUUUUGUGACUCUGGUUAUUUAGCACAGAGAUUGAGACUACCAUAUCUGAGUGCCUAUCUUGACUCGGUGGGCUCCAACUUCACUCAUGGGGCUAAUUUUACCACUGCUGGUUCAACCAUCAGACCCAAAAACACAAGUCUUCAUCAGGGUGGUUUUAGUCCCACUUCAUUGAAUGUUCGACUUCAUCAGUACAAUGAUUUCCAACAUGGGUCUCAAAUCUUUCGAGUUUUCGAGGGACUUUUACCUAUGGGUGAAGAUUUUUCUCGAGUUUUGUACAUGUUUGAUAUUGGACAGAAUGAUCCCUCGGCUUGUUAUUUUCUUAAUAUGACUAUGAAUCAAGUCAGAGCUUAUGUUCUUGAUGUAUUGGAUCAAUUCAAAAUUAUAAUUAAGGAUGUAUAUGCUCACAGAGGAAGAUCAUAUUGGAUACACAACAUGGUUCCUAUGGGGUGUCUACAGUAUGCCUUGAACCGUCUUAUUAGAGUCGAUCAAGUUGACAAGUGCGGACGUGCAACUCCAUUCAAUGAGUAAAUCAAAAAGCUACUAACUUUGAAGGAAUAUUUCACUAGCUGCAAUCCCAUACAUUGAUGUCUAUUCAGUAAAAUAUGAACUCAUCAGUCAAAAAAAAA